CAGUGUAGAGGGGGAAGACGAUUCGAAUGCUGCUUACUUUGGUAAGAAGCGAACAGUUCUUCUGCAGGAGCUGUGACUGUCGGCGUAGCAGGGUUCAAAGUUGCUUCUGAUCCGCAGUUUUGGAUUUUUGCCAACUCGGAUUGAGGUUGCUCUGUGAAAGCGGGCGAGAUACAAUGUAUCCAAGCCUGCUCUCUCAUCGCUCCGUGGUCCUCUGACGAGCUAAAACCCCACUGUCUAUGGAGGGACAAACGAAGAGCGCAACGCUCAGGUACCAAGUACCCCCAUUUCGGUUAUCUGGGAGAUGGUAACAAAUGAACGGCACUGGAGGGAACAUGGUUGAGAGGACCAGCAAAUUUUUGUUGAUCGUCGUCGGAUCCGUCUUCUUCAUGAUGAUUUUAUAUCAGUACGUGGCUCCUGGGGUGAUGAACUUCGGGUCUCCACAGGGGUACCUCGCCGAGGACAAUAUGGAUAUUUUCCCUACUCCGGAUCCCCAUUAUAUAAAAAAGUACUACUUCCCUGUCAGAGACUUGGAACGCACCGUUGAUUUCGAGAUCAAGGGUGAAGACGUGAUAGUGUUUCUUCACAUACAGAAAACUGGCGGAACCACUUUUGGCAGGCAUCUAGUGCAAAAUGUUAGACUAGAAGUCCCAUGUGAUUGCAGACCAGGGCAGAAAAAGUGUACAUGCUACCGUCCCAACAGAAAGGAGACCUGGCUGUUUUCGAGGUUCUCCACUGGCUGGAGUUGCGGGUUACAUGCAGAUUGGACCGAGCUCACAAACUGCGUUCCUGGAGUGCUCAACAAGAAGGAAAACAAAUCGAAAAAACUGAGGAAGUUCUACUACAUCACUCUGCUGAGGGACCCUGUGUCACGCUAUCUGAGCGAGUGGCGCCAUGUGCAGCGCGGCGCCACCUGGAAGACGUCCCUCCACAUGUGCGACGGGCGCACGCCCACGCCCGAGGAGCUGCCGCCCUGUUAUGAGGGUACGGACUGGUCCGGCUGCACCCUGCAGCAGUUCAUGGACUGCCCCUACAACCUGGCCAACAACCGGCAGGUGCGCAUGCUCGCCGACCUCAGCCUGGUGGGCUGCUACAACCUCUCCACCGUGCCCGAUAAGCGGCGCUCGCAACUUCUCCUCGAGUCAGCCAAGAAGAACCUGCGUGACAUGGCCUUCUUCGGUCUGACUGAGUAUCAGCGCAAGACGCAGUUCCUGUUCGAGCGCACCUUCCGACUGCGCUUCAUCCGCCCCUUUGUGCAGUACAACAGCACCCGGGCGGCCGGCGUGGACCUGGACAAUGACACAGUGGCGCGCAUCGAGGAGCUCAACGACCUGGACAUGCAGCUGUAUGACUACGCUCGCGACCUCUUUCAGCAGCGCUAUCAGUACACUCGGCAGCUGGAGAGACGCGCGCACCGCUUGGCACUUCGGGGUCGCGGUCUCGACCCCCGGGAUUUUCUCAGAGAUGAGGGCGGUAUGGGGGGUGAAGGGACAGCCAGGCUGCCCACAGAGGACUACAUGAACCACAUCAUCAACAGGUGGUAGCCCCCACCCACCUAGACACCCACUUUCCUGACCUCCCCAUUGUCUUUUAUGGUGAGGUUGCAUCAGAGUGAUUGUUUAGGAAAGUUUAAAUUUGGCACUUGUGGUUUGGGAAGGAGACCGUUGCAGAGGAUUGGGUGACUUACCUAUGGACUUUGCAUGAGCCAAGCUGUGGGUUGCGGACCAGAUGAUAUCCCUCCUGGAUGACAUAGACGUUUUGGUUUUCUUAGACUAUGUGGAGAGGUCAGAUAUUUGUGAAAGGAAGCCCAUGAUAAACCUGAGUCACCCUCUGGAGUUCUAGAAGCAGCAACUGUCUCCACACUCCUCAGAUUUUCCUUUACAAAGUAAACAAACUUGUUUUACUUGCUGUUCUAUGUCUUAGCCCACAAGAAUAACCUAUGUGUUAAUAAGUUGUUUGAGGAGUUUCAAAGCAGCGAGAUGAGAAAUUACCUGUACUUUGGGCCAAAAGUAUUUCAAUAGUGUCUAAGCGAAGGACAUUUCCGACAAGCUAUCUUUUUAUUUAUUCAAUUGCUUCUGAUCAUUUGAAAUAGAUAUUUUUCCAAUGUGAGAGACUAUUUGGCCCACCUUGAUAUACAGUAUGGCACUUGUAAGUGAUAUAAAGUCAUGAUUGUCAUAACAUACCCAUCAAUUUGCUGAAAGUUUACUAACAUGUAUCAAAGUUUAGAGUUAUAUCUUAAUAUAAAUGACAGGUAAACAGAUUUUUUUUUUUACACUUGUAUGUUUUUACCAUUUUGUCUGAAUGUCUAUGAAGAGGCCAGUCUCUUUGGUUCCGAUGUAUUUUAAUUCACCCGUUGGAUUGUGAUCUGUACACUAAAGGAGAUGUACAUGAAUGAGAAGGUAAAUGAUUGACAUGAAGGUUUGUUAUGCGAUUGUCUAGGAACAUUUUCGACCACAUAACCUAGAUACAACAAUGGAUGCUCACCAGGAGACGGACUGGGGGUCUCAUACUGAAGGGAGACACUAAAAACAGGAAACACUGUCGUUCUUAUUACUUGUACAAAGUUGUGUGUGUGCGUGUGUGUGUGUGUGUGUACGUGUGUGUGCGUGUGUGUGCGUGUGUGCGUGUGUGUGUGUGUGCGCGCGCUUUUGUUUCUGUGCUUUCCCUUCUCUGGGAUCAAGUGUGUCAUUUAAAACCAGAAUACAAUGAACAUGUGUAAUGGAUGGAUUAUUAGUCGAGGUUGCCAUGCUCCCCAAGAUGUGUUUUAUUUUUAAUAAUGCAUAUUUAAGUGUCUAAAAGUGCAACAGGUAAAAUAUUAAAGUUGAAGAAUGGA